CGGGCGAUCGGGUUAUUUGAAACCCGUCAAAAUUGACCACCACCGGUGAUAAUACAGACAAAAUGGCGUCAAAAGAACAGCAGCCAACCAUUGGAGAUGACUCCCUGUAUCCCAUAGCUGUACUCGUUGAUGAGCUGAGACACGAAGACGUAACGAGGAGACUGUUAAGCAUCAAAAAGCUGUCUACAAUCGCUUUAGCAUUGGGUGAAGAAAGAACAAGGGCAGAACUUAUACCAUUCCUUACAGAUACCAUUUAUGAUGAAGAUGAAGUGCUUUUGGCAUUGGCAGAGCAGCUUGGUACUUUUACUCCCUUUGUCGGUGGUCAAGAACAUGUAUCUUGUUUAUUGCCUCCCCUGGAAAGUUUAGCCACCGUUGAAGAGACUGUAGUGAGAGAUAAAGCCGUGGAAAGCUUGCGUAAUCUAUCUGGGGAACACAGCACAGCUGACUUAGAGAAUCAAUUUAUCCCAAUGGUCAAACGUCUGGCGGCCGGGGACUGGUUUACAUCACGGACGUCGGCAUGCGGCCUCUUUAGCGUCUGUUACACAAGAUGCAAGAAUACGUAUAAAGGAGAGUUAAGACAACUGUUUAACAAUCUAUGUAGUGAUGACACCCCUAUGGUAAGGAGAGCUGCUGCCAGUAAACUGGGUGAAUUUGCCAAAGUAGUAGAAGGCGAAUAUGUCAAGUCUGAUCUCAUUCCUAUGUUCAUCAACCUAGCCAGUGACGAACAGCAAGACUCGGUGCGACUGUUAGCCGUGGAAGCUUGUGUAAACAUCGCCUCUCUGCUUCAGCAAUCGGAUAAGGAAGCCCUCAUCAUGCCCACUAUGAGAGGCUGCGCAGAAGAUAAGUCAUGGAGAGUGAGAUAUAUGGUUGCAGAUAAGUUCACAGAGUUACAAGAUGCAGUAGGUCCCGAAAUAACCAAGCAGGACCUGGUGCCGGCGUUCAAGGGUCUCCUGAAGGACUGCGAGGCAGAGGUCAGAGCAGCCGCUGCUCACAAAGUCAAAGCAUUCUGUGAGCACCUGUCCGAAGACAUGAGGGAGGAGGCCAUCAUGACACAGCUUCUGCCCUGUAUCAAGGACCUUGUAGUUGACCCGAAUCAGCAUGUGAAGAGCGCUCUUGCUUCCGUCAUCAUGGGACUUUCGCCUAUUCUUGGGAAGGACAGGACUAUAGAGCACCUGUUACCGCUGUUCUUGACUGCGCUGAAGGACGAAUGCCCGGAGGUCAGGCUGAACAUCAUCAGUAACCUUGACUGUGUCAACAAGGUCAUUGGCAUCAGUCAACUAGCACAGUCUCUACUCCCAGCCAUUGUAGAACUGGCAGAGGAUAACAAAUGGAGGGUUCGACUUGCUAUCAUAGAGUACAUGCCACUACUAGCUGCACAACUGGGUGUAGAGUUCUAUGAUGAAAAGCUGAAUUCUCUUUGCAUGUCAUGGCUCGUGGACAAUGUAUAUGCCAUCAGAGAAGCUGCUACACUCAAUCUCAAGAAGCUCGUAGAAAAGUUUGGUUCAUCAUGGGCACAGCAUACCAUUAUCCCGAAUAUCCUAGCCAUGUCUAAGGAUUCCAACUAUCUUCAUCGUAUGACAUGUCUUUUCUCUGUCAACGUCCUCAUUGACGUCGUUGAUCCAGAAGUUGUUAUGAAGUUAAUGUUGCCUACUAUCACCUCUCUUGCUGGGGAUGCCGUCGCCAAUGUCCGCUUCAACGUUGCCAAGACUCUCCAGAAGAUGGUACCACUCGUCAAUCCCCCCCUUCAAGGCGAGAUCAAAGAAGUGCUGGAUAAGCUAAAUACUGAUGCCGAUCUUGAUGUCAAAUAUUAUGCGGCAGAAGCUUUGACAGUGAUGUAAGGAUAGACCCCGAGACAGAAUCAACUACCAGCUCGUCAGCCUGUUGCCCGACGCCAUGGUAGAUAAAUAAGAAAAUAACUUCUGGAAUUAAAAUGAAUUGAAAUCAGACACUGUCCAGAGAUGUCACUGCUGACGUGUUUACUUUAACAGCAGUAAAUGGAACCACAUUUUCAAUGUCGAAGAGCUUGUAUGCUGCUGAAGAGGGCAAAACUGAAUUAUAGUCUGGUAUUUUAUAGUCUUCUUACAAGAUAUCACCACAUUAAACAGCUUAUAAUUUUAUUUUAUUUAUUAUCCUUUAUAAAAGAGGAAGUUUAUCCUCAAUUGAAAUAAUUUGUUAACUCAAGCAGAAACCUAGAGAAAGAUAUCUAUGACAUUUGGCAAAAUCCAACAUAGAAUUUAAAAAAAUGGAGGUCAUAUUGUAUGAUGUCACAUGUGGGUUGCUUUCUCAUAAUUUCUCAUGCUUUAACCACUGUUUUAUAUUCUAAGAUAUUUUACCUGUGAGACUGUAUUUCCAAUCAUGUGAAAUUCAUACAUACUUUAAUGGGAGAAGUCUCUGGAUUUUACCAUGAACCAUGACAAUUUUAACUUGUUAGGAAUACGUGUAGCACACAUUGCACUUCUGGGGAGUUUUUCACAAAAAAGCUUUGUCAGUGAUAUUUACUGAUUAAUUUGCUCUUGGCCAAUCGGAUGCAAGGAUUUGCAGUAGCUUACAUCUAUCAGUGAAAGUCACUGACAAAACCUUUCACGAGUCACUCCCCCCCCCCAAAAAAAAAAAAAAAACAUACAUGUAGUUCACAUCAGUUUACACAGGUAUUAGAUUUGUUACACAUAGUCAGUGGCGGGCCGUGACCCGGAGGAGACAACGAUUGGAGGGGCACUGUAUU